GAUCGGAUCGCAAUAACAACAACGACAACAUCGGGGGUUCAUCGCGCGACAAUGACGCCGUCGAAGAUAAAUACAUGGAAACUCGUGGAACGUUCGCUACUACUUGCCGGAAUCGACGUGCGCGAUUGAUCGAUGUAGCUGCGAUGCGCGCGAGGCUGUCGCGGAGUGACAGCCGAGACAUUAAUCAAGCCAUCGGUUAACCGAAUAGAUUAAGCGCGAGCGCGCUUAUCUCUGGACACGCUUCUUCCCUCGUGUCAUUCGAACGAGCGCGAAGAAAAAGUAAGAAGAGGAAGAGAGCGAAAGGAAGAUAAAAAGAAUUAAAUUUUUGCACCGCACAGUACCGGAACUGCAAGCCGUUUCUCUACGCGAGAACGAGAGUGCAACGGUGGAUCGCGUGUCGCGUGUGUUCAAGAGAGACCGCCGGAAGGCGUGGAGCGGCAGGAAAGAGAGAGAGAGAGAGAGAGAGAGAAAGAAAGAAAGAGAAAAACGCGAGAAUUAGAUGUGGAGGAGGGAGUACGUUUCGAUAGAACGAGCGCGGGUGCAGCGACGAGGAAUCCGAAGAGCCGGAGUAAGUAAGUAGAUACCGACCGAUCAUCGGGUAGUGUGCGCGGUUCUUCGUGGGUGAAGGUGAAAUCCAUAGUCACGAUGGACGAGGGUGUGCUGAACGACUUGUUGGAGUGUUCGGUAUGCUUGGAGCGACUUGACACAUCCAGCAAGGUAUUGCCGUGCCAGCACACGUUUUGCAAAAAGUGCCUGGAGGAGAUUGUGAGCACUCAUCGCGAGUUACGCUGCCCGGAAUGCCGAGUGCUCGUGGACGCCAAGGUGGACGACCUGCCGCCAAACGUGUUGUUGAUGCGCAUCCUCGAGGGGAUGCGCAACGCCGCGCCGAAGAAUCAAGCCAAGUCCGCGUUGUCGAGGUCUUCCGGCGGCACCGCCGUGCCGCAACGGUUGUUCGGCGGCCACCAGGUCGCCCCGGCGCCGAUAGUGACCGCUAGUCUCACCCCCGCCAUCGCCAUCGCUUCCGAACCGGUGAUACGACAUUCUAAUGCCGCCGCUAAGCAAGUACACUUGCACAAUCAGGCUUAUGGAAGAGCGAUUUACGAUUACGUUUCCAAGGAGGCAGGUGAUUUGAGUUUUAAGAAGGGUGAUAUAGUCAUUCUUCGAAAGAAAAUUGACAAGAAUUGGUACUUUGGGGAAUGCGGCAAUAAUCAUGGUGUCUUUCCACUCUCUUAUGUUCAGGUGAUGACACCUUUAACGCCACAUGUACCUCAAUGUAAAGCACUAUACGAUUUUAGAAUGACGAAUGAUGAUGAGGAUGGUUGUCUAACCUUUAACAAGGGAGAAGUCAUCAGUGUUAUCAGAAGAGUAGAUGAAAAUUGGGCAGAAGGUAAACUCUUGGAUAGGAUUGGCAUCUUUCCAUUAGCUUUUGUAGAGCUGAAUAGCGUCGCUAGAGCUCUGAUGAAACUUUCUACUAAUGUACAGCCAGGACCGUCGAGAUUAGCUCCACCAACUCCAACGAACGAAGAAACCACGCCGUUAAUACCAACCGAUCAUACGCGUAAUGUGCAAACAACUAGCCAAUCUCGAUCACAAUUGGUACAAAAUGCCGCGUUACCAGUAUCCGAUUCUGUCUCAAAUGUCUCGUCUGGCGGCAGCUCUACAACUACUACUCCAAACACACCCAAUAGCUCGACGACGUCCAGCAGUUCCAGUACUGCUCCAAGCAGUCCUGGUAGUCCCGCGACAUCACCACCUGCAGUUGGGAAUAGACAUAACGUUAAACGUCAUAGUUUCACUGCCGUCAAUACAGGUCAUCAUGCUCAUCCCCAUCAUAGACAUAGCGCUGAGAUACUUAGUCCUCCAGUAGACAGUGCCCUUAAUAACGCCAAUAACAGUGGAGGCAAUGAAUCGUUUUCCCCUUUACAAGUCAACAGUUGUACAACAGAUCACAAUCUUCGUCAUAGACGAAGCGAUAGCAGCGAUCUUGUUCUUGCCCAGCAGAGUGUACCCGUUAAUCAGACUUCCAGUGUAUCUGGCGCAACGCAUUUACCAGCGGCGUACAUAGCACUAUAUCCAUACAAGCCUCAGAAAGCGGAUGAGCUCGAGUUGCGGAAGGGCGGCAUUUAUAUGGUGACGGAACGUUGUCAAGACGGAUGGUUCAAAGGAACGUCCAAUCGCACCCAGAAAUGUGGAGUCUUUCCUGGAAAUUAUGUUGCACCUGCUAAAUGUCAACGCGGACUGUGUCGCGGAUCGCCAAAUUCACCUAGCCAACAUCAAGUUUCGCCAUUAUCAAAUGCAGGAUCGAAUGCCGAGUCACGCUUGGCCGUGACAUACACGAAGAACAAAGGUCCCGCGCCGCAACCUUCAUAUAAUCCACGCGCACUGCCGCCACCUGAAUUACCGCCGCGCGCUAUCAGUCCUUCUUCGACGACUGUAUCUUCGUCCUGGCACGGCAAUGCUGGUCAGCCGAGUCAGGGACUAAAUCAGGAAACUAGUCCACCACGACACAGUGACCAAAACGUGAUCGCCAAUCCGCUCGGACGUAGUCAUAGCGUAGUGAUGACUUCAAAUAUCCCUUCGCCUGGUAAACAAAUCGCGGUGUCUUCAUCAUUACAACCGCCUGUGGGUCUCAAUACCGCUAAUGGCUGCAGCAGCGCUACUAUUUCCGCUCCUUCUUCUUCCGCGAGUGAUAUGAAUAGAAGCCCGAACAAUACUCUGCGAGUAGCAGCUAUUGCUCCGAACGCAGCUGCAGCUGCGUACAGAACCUCGGAAAAGCCAAAAGAAAAAAAGGAUAAAUGUGUUUCCUUGAUGCGACGUUUGACCAAUAUUAAAAAAUCCAAAUCACCUCCACCAGCAACAUAUUCCAUGGAUAAUCCUGUAUUCGACGACGGUAAUUCCGUCAAUCCGAUUCACGUUCGAUCAGGAUCUUGUCCAAGUCAGUUGCUACAGGUGAUACCUACACAGGAAUUAAAUACAUCAAACAGCCAACACCGCUUAUGUCCAGGCUCUGUGCAAGGGCACGUCACAUCUUCACAGAGACUGAAAUACAAAGAGAGACCCUCCUUACCAGUAUCAGUAAUUCAGAGAUCUGGUGAAUCUGGUGCAAUGGUUUGUCCCACUGUCGGAAAUCAUCAUCGUAAGAGUAACUCUUUAGAUGCUGGCAUGGGAAAACAAACAAAGCAACAGUCAUCGCGCGAUCGCGAUCGGGUAUACAGAUUCCGUUGUAUUGUACCGUAUCCACCAAAUAGCGAAUUUGAACUAGAACUCCGCGUGGGAGACAUAAUAUAUGUACAUAAAAAGCGUGAUGACGGAUGGUACAAAGGUACACAGCAACGCACUGGUCGUACAGGACUAUUUCCGGCAAGUUUUGUGGAAGCUUUCUGAGACCCAACGCAAAGUCGUUUAGUGUUAGAAACUUGUAUAUAAACUCGGCCUUUAGUACACGCGAUUAGAGGGGACAGGAGAUAGCAACAAGAACGGUCAGACAAAAGCUGCCUGCCUUGAUCGACUGGUUGGCAAAUUGCAAAGUAUCAAUCGAAGUUACAUCCGGAUGCUCGAAGAGAGAGAUACACAAGAGGGGAUGAUUUAUUAUAUAAGAACUAACAGGCAAACCAAUCCUGAGUUGAACAUAAUGCACAUUCACUAAAGUGUAUACGUGGUCAUAAUAAAUUUUUACAGUGGCUUUCAUCUUUCAGGAUUGAUCAGACAGAAUCA